AUGAAGAGGAGAUCACCCAGGAAGAAACCAGCUGGGCGUAUGGACAAAGAGACGUGUCCCUCACCAAAGAAAUCCCCACGUAGACUACCAGGCUCUCCAGCCAAAUCACCCCGUAAAUUGGUUCCAAGAUCCUUCUAUGGCCAGAAGAAGCCCAUCUAUCUCACUCCACUAGAAAGGAAGGCCAUAAAGGAUUCUCUGCCUUCUCCUCCUCCUCUUCCUCCUCCUCUCCCCUUGCCUCCUUCCCAGGCAAAGAAGACAGAGAAGAAGAAGAAGAAGAACGUGAAAGGAGGCACCAAGCCCAGAAAAACUGCUGCAGGAUCUAGUCAUGCAGGGAAGAUGGGCUUUAAAGGCUACAAUACAUCUACAGAGGCGAUAAAGCUGUCCAAACUUAACAGCAGCACCACUACUAAACCAGCACCAACUCCAGCAGCUGUUCCCAACAAUACUACCAGCAAGCCCACAGAGCCCAAAAAGGCCAUCACCAUCUCUUUCAGCAGCAUGAAGCCCAAGCCCAAGAUCUUUGUUGGAGCUGCUUUCUUCGGUACGGGGAAGAAGCCCACCUCCAUGUACAAAAAGUCUGCACCCAAGUCCUCGAGCAGGCCGACUGCAGCACAGGGGAAGAACAAAGCUGUGCUGCCACAGACCAAGACUGAGAAACCAACGCAGCAGCAGCAGCAGCAGCAGCAGAAACAGACCACUGAGGUGAUGAACCCACCACAGAAACAUCCUGAAAAGGCUGCUGCUCAGCCAGUCCAGACAGAAGAGAACCAACAGACCCCCAAACAGAGAGUCAAGUUUGAUCCAACAGACUGGUUGGAUUGUUUUAAUGACCUGCCAGAAACUCCACCAUCACUGAGCUCUCCUGAAGUCUUGUCAGAGAAAUAUGGGAUUACUAAAAAUCUGAAGAUUGUGCUGACGAGGACCCCAACAGCAAGUCCCGCAUCCAUAGUCUCAUCCAUCCGCAGUCAGGAUGAUGAUCUGGCUGAUGGAGGCUCUGUGCCUGUCUUUAACCUCAGUGAUAUAAGUCCUGUCAGUGCUGCCUCCACCUCUCCCAAAGCAGUGUAUCCUAUCUUUGGUUCUGCCUCCAAAAGGUCAAAGAACGCAGCUAUACGGUCUCCGGUGUCCUGCAGCACCCCCGCUAGCACUAUGGCCACACUGCCACCUCAGUCAUCUUCUGCGAAGGAGCGAACUCUCCGCAGGAGGAAAGAGAAACAGGAUGACGACCAGCUCAUUAUCGACGCAGGUCAGAAGCAGUUUGGUGCCACCAACUGCAGCUCAUGUGGGAUGGUGUACAGCGCAGACAACCCAGAAGACAAUUUCCAACACACACAGUUCCACCAGCGCUUCCUUGACUCCAUCAAAUUUGUGGGCUGGAAGAAGGAGCGGGUGGUGGCUGAGUUCUGGGAUGGAAAAAUCCUCCUGGUCAUGCCAGAUGAUCCCAAAUACGCCGUCAAAAAGGCUGAGGACGUGCGGCGUGUAGCAGAUAAUGAGUUGGGUUUCCAGCAGUUGACUCUGAGCAGACCCACACAGUCUAAGACCUACCUGUUCAUCAACACAGAGCGCAUGGUGGUGGGCUGCCUCGUCGCUGAGCCCAUACGACAGGGUUACAGAGUGUUGGAGCAGCCGGAUCGUCACAAGGACAUGACUAAGGACGACUUCAUGGAGCGACACAGAGCCUGGUGCUGCUCCACUGUCCCAGAACAGGCUCUGUGUGGGAUCAGCAGGAUCUGGGUGUUCAGCCUGGCCAGACGGCAGGGCAUCGCAACACGCAUGCUGGACACUGUCAGGAGCUCCUUCAUGUACGGCAGUCACCUGACUAAGGAGGAAAUCGCCUUCUCUGACCCAACACCUGACGGCAAACAGUUUGCAACCAAGUACUGCAACACACCGACCUUCCUGGUCUAUAACUUCAUUGCAUGAAGUGUGGAAGAGUUGUGAUUGAACUGGCAUGUUUAAAGUAUUACACAUUAGCAGAUUAUGAGGCUGUGGCGCAUUGUUGUUGUUUGAUAUGCUGAGCUGCACCUGUUGAAGUUUUCCUGCUGACUAGUCUGGGUUUGUUCUGGCAAAUAAGCUUCAGUUGUAAAACCGUACAUUUCCAUUAAGUAGAUCUAGAGGUUUGUUUGUUUUUUUUUUAUUAAAUGUUCACGACACCUUUUAUUUAUACUCAGAUGUUUAUAUGAUUUUUAAUAAGGAGUUUGAAUCUGAGGUGA